CAGGCGGGAAGUCGUUUGCAUGUCCCCCAAGCAAUCAAGAUGUCUUACUAUGACAUUGAUUCCAUUCUGACAGAUGCCCAGAAAUUGCCAUGUACGUUUGAGCUCGAGGUGCCAGGGCUUGGCAUUCUAGAAGGCAAUCCAGGCGAGAACAUCAAAGCCGGCACGCGGAUAGAUCUACCGCUAUGGCUGGGGGAAAUGCUCUCCAUCGGAGCACGGCUGGGGACAUCUCGCUUGGUUACACUGGAUCUUCCUUCCGCGUUAUCAGAGCGCGUCAUGAACGCAUUGAAGGCUGAUCCCCGGACCAUCGACUUGCGCGCCCUGGCGCCCCACUUCUACAGCCUGAGCGAGCGGGUGUUGGAGCUCUUCGAAGAGGAAGAGAUGGUGGAUGUUUUAAGCAACACUUUCAAGAAGCGUGCAGCUGAGAUUGCUGAUCAUGCGCACAACCCGCGAGGGGCUCUCGGCGAUGGCGUCGAGUUUCUGCGUGGUCUAGACGAGACCGAGCGACAGCUGUUCCGGGUGGCCCAUGAUAGCGCCAAGGAAACGCGAAUCUGGGCCGGGGAGGCCAAAAAGCGAUAAAAUCGGGGGAGAUGGUGAUUGAGCUGAGCUCGUCGAUUCUGGACGUUACGGGACAUGUUGAUCAUGUUUAUGUAGGAUGUGACAUGACUUGCAUCCGAUGGAGUUUUGGUCUGCCGGGUGGAUUGAUCUGGAUGUAUAUUUUAUCUGAACCUCGCAUUUGAACCUUAUUGGAAGUAGAAUGGUACGAG